AUGGUUCAAGAGGAUUGCUUUGUAGACGAGAGAGAUAAUAAAUUAAAAACUUUAGGAGUAUUUAAGGAUCAGAGUGGAAUCCUCAGACUGAAAACGAAACUUACCUUUCGACAGGAUUCAGAAGAGUUUAAAACUCCAGCUAUUCUUCCGUCCGAUCAUGAGGUGGUCAAGAGAUUAAUACGAUAUUAUCACGAGAAAAAUGCACAUGCUGGUACCCAAAUUUUAAUAAAUAUUCUUCGAGAGAGAUUUUGGCUUCUUAAUGCUCGAAAAACGGUGAGAUCUCGGAUUAAUAAGUGCACCGUAUGUAGAAGAUUUUCUGCAAAAAGCGUGCAAGUUUGCACAGCAAACCCUCCAAACGACAGACUCCGAGAAGCGGCUGUAUUUGAAAUUUGUGGCAUUGAUUUUGCUGGUCCAGUGAUCAUAAAAGGUAACACCAAAUCCUGGAUUUGCUUAUUCACCUGCGCCGUAUACAGGGCAGUGCAUCUAGAAUUGGUUGAGUCCAUGUCUACUGAGAGUUUUUUACUAGCCCUUAGAAGAUUUAUAUCCCGCAGAGGAAGAAGUAAAAUAAUUGAAUGUGACAACGGAACUAACUUUGUAGGAGCUUCAAAUGCGCUACGAGAUCUAAACUGGAAGCAGAUUAUUGAUGAUACAUCUAUAUCACCAAUUCAAUGGAAGUUUAAUCCACCAACUGCCUCAUGGUGGGGAGGUUGGUGGGAGAGAUUAAUAGGUAUUCCCAAGAGUUUACUGAGGCGAGUACUAGGAAGAGCUUCUUUAACUUCCGAAGAAAUGAUCGCCAUUCUCUGCGACUGUGAAGCAGUGAUCAACUCCCGUCCAUUGACCUAUGUUACUGAAAAUGUUACUUUGAUGCCUUUAAGUCCAUCUCUAUUUCUUCAAGACAUUCAAACAAGUGGUGUUCCUGAUCUUGAUGAUAUUGGACACAGAAGUCUGAAUAAACGAGUCAAAUACAGAGAAAACUUACAAAAGGAUCUGCGAAAAAGAUUUAGAUCAGAAUAUCUAGGAGCACUUAUUCAAAAAUCGGAUAAGACAAGAUCAGUGAAAGUGAAUAUCGGUGAUGUUGUAUUGAUAGGAAGUGACAACACCAAGCGACUGAAUUGGCCACUGGGAAAGAUAAUAGAGAUUAUUCCAGGUCAAGAUGGAGUAACAAGACUUGUGAGACUUAAAACGGCAAAUGGAGAAUUACUAAGACCAACUCAGAGACUGUAUCCACUAGAAGUCUCUAAUGAUGAUCUUAUUGUUGAGAACUUUCCAACUAAAAAGUUGGAAACUUGUAAAGAGUCUGGUUCUAACAAUGUGUGUGAUGUAAGCUUUGAGCCACAGUUUCAAAAAACUAGAGCAGGUCGUACGGUCAAAAUACCUAAAAGACUGGACUUGUGA